AUGACAGGUCAUCAACCGAAACUGCUUGAAUUUUGGGCAAGCCCUUUUGUCCUUAGGGUCCAGUGGGCACUAACAUUGAAAGGGGUUAGACAUGAGUACAUUGAAGAGGAUCUCACAAACAAGAGUAGGACACUGUUGCAGUACAACUCUGUUCACAAAAAAGUUCCACUCCUCAUCCAUGAUGGGAAACCAUUAGCAGAGUCGCUUGUGAUAGUUGAAUGCACAGAAGAUACAUGGAAGCAAAAGCCUCUCCUCCCAGAAUAUCCUUAUGAAAGAGCCAAAGCACGAUUUUGGGAUAACUUUGCUGAUGACAAGGUGUGGAAUGAAAUAGAAGGGAUGGUGAAGUUGCGAUACGUAAGUUUUGGUGGAAAACAUGCUGACUUGGUUACCAGACGAAUGCUACAAUCAUUGCGUUUUAUUCAUGCCACAGGAGUUUGCUACUCAACCGAACGAGAUUACUAUGAAAUUCUUGGUGUCUCUAGAGAUGCCAAUCGAAAUGAGAUUAAGAAGGCUUUUCAUGAACUUGCUAAGAAGUAUCACCCAGAUGCAAAUAAGAGUAAUCCUUCUGCGAAAAGGAAGUUUCAAGAAAUAAGAGAUGCUUAUGAGAUGAAGGAGAGCUCUAGGAGUUCAGAGAAUGUAGAAUAUCCUGCUGGGGAUGCAGAGGGGUUUGGAUAUGCUCAUAGAACUCACUUCUCCGAUUCAUUCCAUAAAAUAUUUUCUGAGCUUUUUGAUGUUGCACAGAUCUUUGAAAACGAGGCCGAAAAUUUUGCCACUGAUGUUCAGGUGGAGCUGUCACUCUCUUUUUCUGAAGCUGCAAGAGGAUGCACCAAGCAUCUGUCCUUUGAUGCGAGUGUCCCUUGUGAUUCUUGUCAUGGGCUUGGUUACCCUCUCAAUGCACAGAAAAGAAGUUGUCCAACUUGUGGAGGCAUUGGGAGUCCUGGUGACUUUCUUCGGACACAUGUUUCAUGUGCCAGAAACUACUCCGAAGUUUCAUGUCCUUUGCAUCAUCUGGACUCCAAAGCUGGCCUCCUCCACUAAUCCUUUCAAGUCUGGCUUUGUUCGCCAUCAGACUGUGACCCAUUACUACUAAUUGCAGAACUGACCCGGGUUUUUUUGGACACAUUGAUACAUGUGAGGGGCACAAAGAGAGUUGAACCAGUGCCCUCCAUAUCACACGUGGAGCUAAACUCCAACCGGGGUAGGACCAUGGUCCUGAAGUGACUCGGGUUAGGCUCCUCCGAUUUGUCCAAAUCAUUACAAUCAAUUUUUCUGAAAUUCAAAAUGCAACGUAUACUAUUGAAAUAGGAUAAGAUUUGUUUGACUUGGACA